GUACACAAAACAUCUCUGCUAAUAGUAGAAGAAGAAAACAGUUUCAUAAUAUAACGUCACAUCCUCUAACCGCUGCUAAAGGUGAUCCACAUCAAUGUUGCGCUUGAUCGCAACAUCCCUGUGCCUCCGGUGCCAACGUGCCACAGCUUUACCUUUACACCUAAGACCAUGUGCAACACUGAGCUCAGCAGAGAACCAGCAGACCGUGGAGGCUCUCUAUGAUCUCUCUGUGGACAUCCAGAAGGUCCGGAAACUUAAAGGAUGGGUCCUGCAUCAGAGCCCAGCCUAUACAAAGGAAGUAGCUGAUCUGCUGAAGGACAUGGGAGCCUCGGGCUUUGUCAUUGCCCGGAUCCUCGCAGUUCACCCUGAGGCGGUCCUCUGUCACCCAGAGCAGAUGCAGGCUCAGAAGGAGCUGUGGAUGUCUGUGUGCCCGAAACAGAAAGAGCUGGUUGGUAUCAUUGAGAAUUUCCCAGCCUCCUUCUUCACCUCGUCAAGCCACCACGACAACCAGCGGAACAACAUCGCUUUCUUCCAGAGCUUAAGCCUCAACAAGCGAAUCAUCGCUAAGCUCAUGGCCAGCACUCCCCAGAGCUUCAGUCGGCCAGUAGAGCAGAACGAGGUAAUGGUGCGCACCCUCCAGCAGGCCUACCAGGAGCUUGGCGGGGAGGAGGCCAACAUGAAGAUCUGGCUUCAGAAGCUGCUGACUCAGAACCCGUUUGUUCUAAUUAAGCCCCCCGAGGUGCUGAGGCAGAACCUGCGCUUCCUGAGACACAAGGGCUUCAGCACGGCCGAGCUCCUCCGCCUCCUCUCCAAACUCAGGGGCUUUGUCACCGAGCUGAACCCGGACAGCAUGCGCCGCACCCUGGCGUACUCGCAGGAAACCAUGGGCUGUUCCGAGGGAGAGUUGCGGGACAUCAUCCUAAACUGCCCGGCUCUGCUUUACUACCCUGACGUUAUUCUGGCUGAGCGCUUUAAGGGCCUUCUCAGCGCUGGAAUCAGCAUGUCUCAAAUUAAAGAGACUCCAACCGUUUUGGAGCUGACCACGCAGAUAGUUAAUCAUCGCAUCCAGCAACUGAGGGUGCAUGGUUAUGACGUAAGAACAGGUAGUUUGGAGGUCCUAAAUGGCACUAAGAAGGACUUUGAGAUGAGCUAUGGAAAACUACAGCUACGUAGAGAGAGACCACUGUUUAACCCUGUCGCGCCUUUAAAAGUAGACGACUAAGAGAGGUUGUAUGGACUAAUGCAAGUGGAUUAAAGUUAUAACUGGAUGUGUUAUAGUCUUGUGAUAAUUAAUGUUAUGUCAGAUUAAACUUUUUAACUUGAUAGUGAAGAUUCCUGAGAGUACAUACUCAACAGACUUCAGAAAACAAUCUCAAAAUGCAAGAUUUAAUGGGUGUAAAAACAGGCUUAAAUUCAGUAUCUUCUUCAGGUGCUCAAAACUGGUAUGAGGGAUCACACUUAGGCAAAGUUACAGCGAAAACUAUUUUUUUUAAACUCCUUUUCUGCUGCCAAAAUAUCCAACCUUGUGGAAGGAAAAGUAAUUAAAAUCCAAUUAACAAACUACUUGUGAGUCAUGGUACAAGCCCUUAUUUUCCUGUAAUUAGGUAGUGUGACUCUAAACAGCAAAUGCAACCGUGCAUAAAUUAAAAUGUUCACUUUUAGACAAAAGGAAACGCACUGUUUUUCAGGGAGUCUGAAGGCAUUACAAAAAAGAAAGCAGCACACUUUUACUGCGGGAGUAAAUUCCUGUUGUAUGAUUUAUAUAACGACUUCGCAGAGAGUGAGACAAAUGCAACAGUUUUUAAAUAUGUCACGCUUUUUAGGGAAGAUAUAGUCUCUUGCCAAAUAAAGAAUUUAUCACA